GGAAGGGAAGCGAAGCGCUCCGGCGGCCCAGUCUCGCGCGGAGACCAACUCUCGCGUUGUUUCCCAGGUCCCAGCAUCCUCUGCGCGAGGCGGACCAUCACUUCCCUCCGCCUCGGUGGGCGCCCCCGGCGAGCGUCCGCCCGUCUCUGGCUGCUUCUGCGUGGAAGAUGGCGGCGCCCGAGCCGCCGCUGCCGCUGCCGCGGGGAGGCCCAGGCCCCGCUUCGCUCUCGCCGCCCCGGGGAGAGCGCACCCUCCUCGUCAGGCACCUGCCUGCCGAGCUGACGGCCGAGGAGAAGGAGGACUUGCUGAAAUACUUCGGGGCGCAGUCGGUGCGCGUCCUGUCGGAUAAGGGGCGCCUGAAACAUACAGCAUUUGCUACUUUUCCUAAUGAAAAGGCAGCAGUAAAGGCAUUGACAAGACUCCAUCAACUGAAACUUCUAGGUCAUACUUUAGUUGUUGAAUUUGCAAAAGAACAAGAUCGAGUUCAUUCCCCAUGUCCCACCUCAAAUACAGAGAAAAAGAAAAGGUCGGAUGAUGUGGAAGAUGAUAAAGAGAAGAAAGAACCUGAUAUUUUAACAAUAGAAAAUGGAAUUGCACCAAAUCAUGGGCUGACUUUUCCUCUAAAUUCAUGCCUCAAAUAUAUGUACCCACCACCUUCAAGCACAAUCCUUGCAAAUAUAGUAAAUGCCCUGGCAAGCGUGCCUAAAUUCUAUGUACAGGUGCUUCAUCUUAUGAAUAAAAUGAAUUUGCCCACACCAUUUGGACCUAUUACUGCACGACCCCCAAUGUAUGAGGACUAUAUGCCACUGCAUGCACCCCUUCCGCCUACAUCACCUCAACCACCCGAGGAACCUCCCUUACCAGAUGAGGAUGAGGAUUUAUCUAGUAAAGAAUCAGAGUAUGAAAGCAGUGAUGAAGAGGACCGACAGAGAAUGAACAAAUUGAUGGAACUAGCAAAUCUUCAGCCCAAAAGACCCAAACCUACAAAGCCACGCCAAGUGAGAAAAAAGCGAAAAAUAAAGGAUAUGUUGAAUAUACCUUCAUCAGCUUCACAUAGUUUGCAUCCUGUGCUGUUACCGUCAGAUGUAUUUGACCAACCACAACCUGUAGGCAAUAAAAAAAUUGAGUUCAAUAUAUCUACCAACAUGCCUGCAGCACUUAAGAAAGAUUUGGAGAAGGAACAGAAUAACGAGGAAAAAAAUUCUGAUUCACCAGAUACUGGACUUGAUGAUUCAAAUACAGGAUUUGGAAAAAUCUUCCCCAAACCUAAUUUGAAUAUCACAGAAGAGAUUAAAGAUGAUUCUGAUGAAAUGCCUUCACAAUGUAUUUCCAGAAGGGAGUUGGAAAAGGGUCGAAUUUCUAGAGAAGAAAUGGAAACCCUUUCAGUUUUCAGAAGUUAUGAACCUGGUGAACCAAACUGCCGAAUUUAUGUAAAGAAUUUAGCUAGACAUGUUCAAGAAAAGGAUCUUAAAUUUAUAUUUGGAAGAUAUGUUGACUUUUCUUCAGAAACACAGCGGAUAAUGUUUGAUAUUCGCUUGAUGAAAGAAGGACGCAUGAAAGGACAAGCUUUUGUUGGACUUCCAAAUGAGAAAGCAGCAGCUAAAGCCUUAAAAGAAGCUAAUGGCUAUGUUCUUUUUGGAAAACCCAUGGUGGUUCAGUUUGCUCGAUCUGCUAGACCAAAACAAGACUCUAAAGAAGGAAAACGGAAGUGAUAGGAAUGGAGAAAGAAGCAUUCCUGCGUAAAUACUGCUGUAAUACUGUCAUACAAGUGUAUCCUUUCUUGUCGUAUCCUUUUGGGGGCAGUGGUUUUGCUUUGUCUUUUUUUUUUUGUUUGUUUGUUUUUUAGAAAUGCUGUCUACCCUCUAUCAUUUAUCCAGAUUAAGCAAUAAUUUUUAUAUUUAUAUUUUAUUCAAAAGAAAUAUUUCUCAGAUUAGUUUAUAGCCUGAACAAAUAUUUUACAUGUACUUUAUAUUCACUGUUUAAUUUUCUAUGCUAUCAUAUAACUAAGGAGUUUUUUUCAGGGAAAGUUAGUGAAUCAGGUCACUUAAUGUAUACAUAUGCUUUACUACAGAGUAUGGUAGUAUAUCUUCUACACGUGAAUUUCCUCAACAUCUUUCAGGAACAUGCUUUCUGCUUCAUGGUAUAUCCCAUCUAAGUGUCUUCUAGUUUAAUUUUUGUUGCUGUGACAAAUACUUUGACAAAAAGCAACUUGGGGAAGAAAGGGAUUAUUUGUUUCAUAAUUCCAAGUUACAGUUUAUUGUUGUGGGGAAGUUAAGACAGGAAUUUAAAGUAUAGUAUCCACAGUUGAGCAGAGAGAGAUUAAAUCCAUAGAACCUUGCCUGCUUAGUCUGAGCUAGCUUUUUCCUAUUAAACUGUUCAGGGUCCCCUUUCCUAUAGAAUGGGGCUAACCAAAAUUGGCUGUAUAAGACACAGCCAAGAUCAUAUUAUGCCCACAGACCAACAUACUCUGGAUAAUGCUUAACUGUUCUCCCAGGUGAUUCAGUGUAGUGUUAAGUUGUCAAUUAAAGCUAUUCAGCACAGUUGUUCUAUAUAACAUGUUCUAAAAUUUGACUGGGAAAAGAUCUUUUUUCCUUUAGUAGUAAGUAUAUUGAAAACUAGUAAGAGUUAUAUAAAAAUCUCACAAUAGAGUAAAAGAUAGCACUUUGAAAGUGUAACUGAAAUGUCUUGACCAGUGGAAGAAUUUCCUUUACCGUUGGUCUUUUCAAAACAAAAAUAAAAAUUCAAUAAUUAAAUUUAAAUAUAUAUAUAUAUAAUUUGGAUACAAAUAUAUAUAAGUUUAAAAAGAGUAACAUAUAAGACAUGUUACACUUCAGAUAGCUUAGUAAAUUAACUUCUAAAAAUAAGCACAAUGAUUCCAGGCUGUAUAAUGACUAGAAUCUCUCAGAACUGUCAGUCAGUCUCAAAUUUUUCUGUACAUUUAGAUCUUAGAAGUCUAAAAUAUAUAAUAACGAAUUACCCAUUUUCUGUCUUAGAGUUUGAUUCUAGUGUAUUAUUAAUAUAGAAGAACUACCAAGGAAGAGUUUCUAUGUAUAACUGUUUCUUGACUCUUAUAUUAGAGCUAAUAAAUAAAUCAAAAUAACUAGGAAUAACACCAGUAAUAUAGUUUGAAAGGUUCCCUUAGUAAUAGAAAGGACCCCUGACAAGUUUAGAUGCUACUUUGUUAAAGUGAUUGGCCUUUAUGUAUCAACUUAGUUAUACAAAUUUUUUAGUAGUAAAAUAAAAAUACUCAACAUUUUGUGGGAAAAGUGCUUAUAUAAAAGAUAUAAAACUACUCAAAACUCUUAUGUGUUACUUUAAUAGAAGCUUGCCAAAAUUGAGAUUAUAUUCUCUUAAUAUACACAAUUAAAAUAGUUUAGAUUUAAGCAUUAUAAGUAAAAAUUAUCAACAUAUAUUUUGUUGUGCUGACAUGAUUCACUAAUUUUCUGCAUAUAAAUAUUUGGGGUUCUUAAAGUUAGUGAAUUGGAUUAUUUUUUUUAAUGGACUUUUGUGAUGUUUUAGGUUCCUUUUGAAUUCUCUGUCUUUCAAAUACUAUGGACUGUGAGAGAAGACAUUGGCCAUCUGGACUGUGGAACUGUGCGUAACAACUUUGAAAUCAUUCAAAACUCACAUCUUCACAUUAGUGCUUGGACAUAUUUUAUAAUAGUUUGUUGCAUAUAUAAUAAAUUAUUUUCUUCUCA